UGUUUCACUUGGAGCCACACAGAUCUGAGAGAGGAAGGGGCAGAUGUCCUUUCGACCCCAGCUCCUCCUUCGUCUCGACUCUAGUUGGCAGCGAACUGUUUACUGGACUCUACAGUGACUACUGGGCCAGAGACUCUGCGAUCUUCCGCAGUCUGGGGAAGCUAGGCCAUAUUCGUACGGAGCAUGAUGACGAGCGGCUGCUGAAAGAACCAAAAUUUGUAGGUUCGUAUAUGAUCCCUGAUAAUGAAGACAGAGAAGACAACAAAAUGUACUUCUUUUUUACUGAGAAGGCACUGGAAGCAGAGAAUAGUGCUCACACAAUCUAUACCAGAGUGGGUCGUCUGUGCGUGAAUGACAUGGGGGGACAGAGAAUACUGGUGAAUAAGUGGAGCACAUUCCUUAAAGCAAGGCUGGUUUGCUCUGUACCGGGAGUGAAUGGAAUCGACACAUAUUUUGAUGAGCUAGAGGAUGUGUUUCUGUUGCCUACCAGAGAUCCUAAGAAUCCAGUGAUAUUCGGACUGUUUAACACUACCAGCAAUAUAUUUAGAGGCCAUGCUAUAUGUGUCUAUCACAUGUCAAGUAUCCGAGAAGCCUUUAAUGGUCCAUAUGCACAUAAAGAAGGCCCUGAAUAUCACUGGUCACUCUAUGAAGGAAAAGUCCCUUACCCGAGGCCUGGUUCUUGUGCCAGCAAGGUGAAUGGAGGGAAGUAUGCAACCACCAAAGACUACCCUGACGAUGCCAUUCGAUUUGCAAGAACUCACCCACUAAUGUAUCAGACCAUAAAACCUGCUCAUAAAAAACCAAUACUAGUAAAAACGGACGGAAAAUAUAACCUGAAGCAACUAGCAGUGGACCGAGUGGAAGCCGAGGAUGGCCAGUAUGAUGUUUUAUUUAUUGGGACAGAUAGAGGAAUUGUGUUGAAAAUAAUCACCAUUUACAAUCAAGAAACCGAGGGGAUGGAGGAAGUCAUUUUAGAGGAACUUCAGAUAUUCAAGGAUGCAGUUCCUAUCGUUUCUAUGGAAAUCUCUUCAAAGAGACAACAGCUCUACAUCGGAUCACCCUCCGCAGUGGCACAGGUCAGAUUCCAUCACUGCGACAUGUAUGGCAGUGCUUGUGCCGACUGCUGCCUGGCUCGAGACCCUUACUGUGCCUGGGAUGGCAUAUCCUGCUCCAGGUACUACCCAACAGGUGCACAAGCAAAGAGGAGAUUCCGCAGGCAGGACGUUCGGCACGGCAAUGCUGCACAGCAGUGCUUUGGACAACAGUUUGCUGGAGACGUUUUGGACAGGACUGAGGAGAGGUUGGCGUAUGGCAUAGAGAGCAACAGUACUCUACUGGAGUGCACGCCGCGGUCCUUACAGGCAAAAGUCGUCUGGUUUGUUCAGAAAGGACAUGAAGCAAGAAAAGAAGAGGUGAAGACAGACGACAGAGUGGUGAAGAUGGACCUGGGUUUGCUCUUCCUCCGAGUGCGCAGUUCAGAUGCUGGGACCUAUUUCUGCCAGACGGUAGAGCACAGCUUUGUCCACACCGUGCGCAAAAUCACGCUGGAGGUAGUGGAAGAGCAGAGAGUGGAGGGGAUGUUUCUGAAGGACCACGGGGAGGGAAAACACAACAGGACACCCUGCCCGCCCCUGAGCAGUCUGCCGCAGGGCACGAAACCCUGGUACAAGGAGUUCCUGCAGCUGAUUGGCUACAGCAACUUCCAGCGAGUAGAAGAAUACUGCGAAAAGGUGUGGUGUACGGAUAAGAAGAGGAAAAAGCUUAAAAUGUCUCCCUCCAAGUGGAAGUACGCCAACCCCCAGGAAAAGAGGCUCCGCUCCAAACCCGAGCACUUCCGUCUGCCCCGGCACGCGCUGGACUCCUGAGGGCGCCCUCUGCCGGCUGCCGAGGGACCGCGCAUGGGAACCUUUAAAGGGAAGAGAAAGAAGAGUGACAGCAUGCAAAGUCCUUCCAUCCUUCAGACAGGGGGAAGGUGUCUUAAGUUAUUCCGCAUACUCAUCUUACUGCACAAACCGCUCACAGAACUAGGACUUAAACGAGUGUGUUGCUUAAAAGGCUUCACUUUGUGUUUGUCAACACAUGACCGUGGCUGCAAUUUUGAGUUCGAGCUGCUUUUCAGGGAAAUUAUUUCACCAUUGGAAUAUUUAAUAUAAUUAUAAUAUUAAAGGAAAAGUUAUAGAUUUUCAUAAUCAUGAAAAAUGUAAAACUUUAAUGCUUCUGGAGUUUUCCUUGAAACCAUAAGGUAAAAUGCACAGAAGAUCAGAUACUUUAGGACAUUCGUGAACUUUCUGUUCAGUCUCUGAGUUAUUUUUAGGCCAUGAGUUUUAAGUAGUUGUGAUUGCUAUAAAGCAACUGUAAAAGUAACCUGUUACAUGCCGUUCUGAGGCUCGUUCCUUCCAUGAGACUAUCAUUAAACUGUAUUAAAUAUUUCUAUUUUACAAACAAGACAAAUCGUUUAAAUUUCACUGCAGUGUGGAAGGAAGAUAUCCUCUCAGAAAGAUAUUUUCAAAUGUCAAAACAAGAAAGUAGAAUUGAAUCAAAAGGUCUGUGCUGCCCUCCUGUGGGAGAAGAAGGCAUAGUCGCUUAUAGAGCUUUUUUUUUCACAAUUACCCCGCAAAUUUGAAAAAUUGUAUGAGCAGAUACAUCUAGUUCAUUUUCAGAAAACGCAAUUAAGAAGAAGAACCAUAAUGCUUACAUCAUGGUUUAAUGUGGAAAUAAUAUGCUUGUAGAUAAUACAUGACUUCACAAUACACUGAAGAUGUAGCAGCAUUCAAGCUUUUAAAACGUAAAAGGCACACUUGUUGUCAGCCCUUCCCUGAGACCUGAGAUCCUCUGGAAGCGUGCUUUCCUGUACAGAAAUCAUCAAAGCGUUUUCCUCUUGUUUUUCUAUCCACAAAAAUUGCUUCUUGGGCUCAUCUGACUACUGAAAUAUCCAUUGUAUUUGUCUUAUAAAUAUUACCAAGAUUUA